GAACGUCAGCACGUCGACGGGGGGGUUUUCUCUGGCCCGGCUCCGCUAACCCUGUUCGGGUCUGUGUAUCUGCGCCUUUGGCCGGGCGGUACCUGGGUGAGGAGGCCGUUGUUCGCUCGCGGGUCCCUGGCACGGUUAUCAGGGCUUGGUUUGGGGACUAGCCUCUUUGACCUCCCUCCCGACUUCUCCGCCUCACAGGUGCCUGGGAGCGACUGCGGCCCCCCGGGGACUCUGUCCCGGGCAACCAGGGGCCCGUUCUCGCUCGAGGCUCGGAUGGGAGGCGGCGGGAGGUACGGCCUGGCAUGUUCAGUCUGAUGGCCAAUUGCUGCAGCUGGUUCAAGCGGUGGCGGGAGCCCGUCAGAAAGGUGACUCUUGUGAUGGUGGGACUUGAUAAUGCUGGUAAAACGGCAACAGCAAAGGGAAUCCAAGGAGAGUAUCCUGAAGAUGUAGCUCCUACUGUUGGCUUUUCCAAAAUUGACCUUAGACAAGGAAAGUUUGAAGUCACCAUUUUUGACUUGGGAGGUGGAAAAAGAAUUCGGGGAAUCUGGAAGAAUUACUAUGCUGAGUCCUAUGGGGUAAUAUUUGUUGUGGAUUCCAGUGAUGAAGAGAGAAUGGAAGAGACAAAGGAAACAAUGUCAGAAGUGCUAAGACAUCCUAGGAUAUCGGGAAAGCCUAUACUGGUGUUGGCAAAUAAACAAGACAAGGAAGGGGCUUUAGGAGAAGCUGAUGUGAUUGAAUGCCUAUCUCUGGAAAAAUUGGUCAAUGAACACAAGUGCCUAUGUCAAAUAGAACCUUGUUCUGCUGUCUUAGGAUAUGGAAAGAAAAUUGACAAGUCCAUUAAAAAAGGCCUUUAUUGGCUGCUACAUAUCAUUGCAAGAGACUUUGAUGCCUUAAAUGAACGCAUCCAAAGGGACACAAUGGAACAGCGUGCUCUUGAAGAGCAAGAGAAACGAGAAAGGGCUGAACGAGUGCGAAAAUUACGGGAAGAGAGAGAACAAAGAGAGCGAGAGCAGGCGGAACUGAAUGGAACCAGCAGCCUAGCUGAGUUGGACCCUGAACCAAUUAUCGUUAAUCCUUUCCAGCCAAUAGCAUCUGUCAUCCUUGAGAAUGAAAGAAAACUUGAAAAAGAAAAAAAGAGACAAAAUAUGGAGAAAGACAGUGAUGGCGGCCCCCUGAAUCAUAAAGUGGAGCAUGAGCAAAUAGAGACACAGAGCCAGAUCAGUGACAGUAGCCAAAAAAACAAUGAGCUUGGAAUAGUAGAAAAUUAUAAGGAGGCAUUAACACAGCAGUUGGAGAAUGAAGAUGAGACAGACCAGCGAUCAUCAGAAUCAGAUAACAGUAAAAAGAAAACUAAGAAACUAAGAAUAAAAAGGAGUCACCGUGUAGAGCCUGUUAAUACAGAUGACUCUGCUCCUAAGAGUCCAACACCACCCCCACCUCCUCCUCCUGAUUUCUAUGGAAAGCCACUGCCUCCGCUGGCUGUGCGACAGAGACCUAACAGUGAUGCUCAUGAUGUGAUUUCAUAGCCAAGUCACAUGGAUGCACUAAAUACAGGCAAGAUCAACUAGAGGACCUUCUUUCUCAAAGAAGAAAAGCCCUAAACAUUCAUGACUAGGGCAAUAUAACCAUGGCAAUUUCAGUAAGGAGUCCAAUAGCCAAAGACCUGACUGAUCUGACAAUUAUCCAUGUUAUUCACGGUUUAAAAAAAAAAAAAAAAAAAGAAGCAAAAUGAUCAGUAGAUGGGAUGAGCAUUUGAAUCAAAUUAUCAGGAGUUAUUGUUGACUCUGGAUUUUACAGUCCCAUUCAUGAGCAUAUUCCUGAAGGAAAACCUUUUCAGAAAAAGAGCCAAUGGACUCUGCACACUUUCUUAACCAUUUGUUUAAUAGUCUUUGUUACUGUAUCUUACACAUUUUUUAUAAAAUACAUGUGCAUGGAAGGGGAAUCUUGGGAAUUUAUAACCUACGUUUUUAACUUUUUAUAUUUUUCUAAAACUUAUAAGAAUUUUAAUUACUAUGAUAUUGACUGCACUUUUCUAUAGAUGCUUUGUUUAAUGGAAAUGGAGUUGAUUUACUUGACAAACAUGAACUAUACAAACAGGACAUAUUUAUAUGGUUUUAGGUAUGUUUUAUAAUAGUAUUGUUCUUGAAAUGUACAUCCUAAUUUUACCUAAUUUUAAAAUAAUACCUUUUAAAACUAGUUGCUUAGAUCUUUAUUCUUCCAAAUUAUGUUAUCUGAAAAUACUACCCAAAUACUACCCAAGCAGGGUUCAUUUUGUUGUUGUUUGCUUUUUUUUUUUUUUUUUGUGAUGAUUGCAAUAAAUGAAAGAGACUUGAAAUACUUUCUUGAUCUAAAUGCUUUUUAAAUUAAUAAAAAUGUUACGUGAGCUAUUAUUAAAAUUUUCAGUGAACACCUCUUUUAUGGUAUAGACUUUUUCAGAUCAUGGUGCUCGUUGUCACUUCCUUGUUCUGUCAGAAGCUGCAGUGACUCUUUUAUUUUAAUUCUUUUGUGCCUUGAAAAUAAAGGCAAGAAGACUGAAAAAGACACUGUGGGUACAAACACUUGGUUUUGUAACUAGGAAAUGCUUGAGUACUAAGUCAAUAAGAAUUAAAAAGUUGGUUUAAAAUUAUUUUUAUAAAGAGAGAAUUCCAAAAUUAUUUCUCAAUUUAAAAUAAUAGCACUUCCCUUGCACUGAAGAAUGGCAUCUAUAGGAUUCUCUAUUUAAGCAAAUUUUUAGGAAUAUAUUUUGAGUAUUAGAUCAUAAUUUGCACUUAAUUAAAAGUAUAUACAUUUAUAUCAAGAUGAAAAUGUUAGAAACAACAUGAAUCCUAUCACCUCGUUAAAAUUUUAAGUUUGGUUAACUUGUACUGACAACAAAGAAACACUAGUAUCUAACAAUAACAAGAUUAAGUAUAUCUAAAGCAGUUUAAUAUGAUUAUUUUACUUUGGAGCAUCACAUUUAGUCACAUUUUUUAAGUCCUUGAACUUUCAUUAGUUGGGUCACUUAUUACUCUAGUCAGCAGCAUAAUGCAGUCUUUUGAAGUUUUGUACACCAGGCACACUGAGUAAAAAACAUUCUGCUUCAGAUAUAAAACAGCCUAAAUUUGAUAGGUGGCCGAAAUGUAAGCGAAAGCAACACAGGAAGACAAAAUGUAAAUUUUGAACUGGAUUUUAGAGUAAAACUUAUUUGUAUAUCUUUUUGGUUCCUGUUUGUAACAUUUACAUUUAUUCAUUUUUUUAAACACUAAACUUAUACUUUUGUCAUCCUUUUAAUUUUCAUCUAGUUUGAGAGUAAAUGAAAGUUUAAACAUUUUUUGUUUCCUGUAAGUGAUUACUAUAGUGUGCAAUAAUACUGAAUUCAUUUAUUAAAAAUAAAAAUGAUUUUUGAAAUGAAAUAUAUGAUUCAGUGAAAUAAAUGUUUUAUAUAUCUCUCAAAAAUUAAUUUGUAUUCCUAAAGCAUUCUAAAGAUAUUUUAAAAGAAGUUUUGUAAAUCCAGGUUGCUUUUAACAAGUAAAUGCCUAUUUUGUUAUGUGCUGCAUUUUUAUUCUUAACCAUCAUGGAUUAUUACAUUUUCACACAAUAAAAAUAAUUUAUAUCAGUA